CUAAGAACCUGUCAAUAGAACCAAGAAAAAGAGUCACUGGAAUAGAAUGUGCCGGACUGUUCUGUCUCCUUGCAAUUAGUGUAAUUGGAGGGUCCCUGUGGAGGAGUCGAAGGAGAGGAGAGAGGGCUGGACGUUUCCUCAGGAAAGUACAUCAUCAUCAUCUUCUAAAAUACAGGCCGGUCAGGAAACCGGGGGACCAGAAUGCUCUUCUGAGGCACAGAGGAGAUCCACAAAGCUAUACAUGCACACCCAGCCACACAUUCAUUCCACAUACAUCGGGAUGACAUUGCACUGACGCGCAGUGCACUCACCCUCACAAGGUAAGAGGCAGUCAGACAAUAUGUUGCGGGAUCGUUGAUGGUUCUAUCUGUUGCCGGUAGCUGAUUCUGGAAUUUUGGUCUGGAAUGCUGUGGACUCCAUAGAAUUGCGUCAGUAGAAUUGCGGAUGGAUAUUUUCCAUGUGGAAUAUUUUUUGACAUCCUUACCAUUAGUUUUGACAAGAAACGCGAUCACGUAUCAAGUCAGAUAAUUACCAAUUGCAGAAUUGUAUAUCCAGUGCAAGAAUGCCUAUCCUGAAGAAACUCCCGGGGCGCUCGAAGAGCUGCCACGAGUUUCCCAGGACGAACGGGGAGCUGAUCAUGCCCGGCCUGCAUCUGGACCUCAACCCUUUCGAGGAGGUGGACCUGGAGGAGGAGAGGAACGAGGGCGACGCGGGCCUCAUCAUGAGGGCCGCGGACGGGAGGCCCCACCUCUGGAUGUCCAGGGACGGCGAGGAGGAGGAGAACGAGGUCAACCUCGAGAAGCACGGCCCCGGCGCCUCUAAAGGGAGCCCCCUCCGGGGGACCUUGGAGCGGAUCUGUGGCGUUUCCCCCCUCAAGACCCUGGGCAAGCUGGGGAAAGGGCUGCGGCUGUCGGGACGCAGCGUGUGGGGGAACGGCCCUUCCCCGCGUGGCCCGAGCGACCCCAGCGACCCCUGGCCGGAGAAGGAGAAGAGGAAGGGGCUUCGCAGGAGCUCCGAGGAACUCGUGACCUUGCUCCGAUUUGCAGGCCGACGUAAGGACGACCGCAGAGAGAGCAUUCCCUGUGGGUCCCUCAGUGGGGACGGCGAGGCCGAGACUCGCCGCCGCUCCUCUUUCCUUAAAAUGGUCAGCCUGGGCAAGCUGAAGAGGGAGUUGCUUUCGGACCGCACUUCCCAGGAGGCCGAGGAGGAACCAGCGGAGGAGGAGCCAGUGGUCAAACCCAGGGAGCCGCUCUCAGUGCUGGAGAUCCUUCAGCUGGUCAACCACAGAGACCUCCUCCUUGCCGACACGCACAUGCAGGAGCUGGAGCGCGAAUGCGAGCUCCUCUCCUGCUUGCCUCCCGCCCCCGCCCAGCCCCCCUCCGGUUCCGCGCCGCCCCUCGACGACCCCUCCGGCUCCAACGCGUCGCUGGACUCCAGCCGCCGGAAGGCCAAGGACGUGGAGCUGCUGUACGAGGCCCUGCGGAAAGAGAUGUGGGACGUGGUGAGGGAGUCUCUCCGGCAGCCUUCGGCAGGGCCAAACCUGGGUCUGGUGGUGCUGGUCAUCCAACAGGAGGAACAGGCCGACGCAACCUGGGCCUUGAGGAUGGACGCCCAGCCCCAGGCUCUGCCUCAGCCCCAGGCCACACACCGGCCGCGGCAGCUGAAGCUGAAGUGGAGGCAGGCAGUGGGGGAAGCUGCGGACUGGAGCUUGCCCCAGCAGGUGGACACCCAGGCGGGCCUCCUGGCCUCCUAUCUGGAGCGUCUGAGGGGCCGCAUGGUGGACGACCUGGACGCGGCGCGGAGGAACGUGGUGUCCAUCUACCCGGAGGAGUUUUCCGCGUUCCAGGUGUACGUGCAGAGCUACCACCGGGCGGUGGCCCGCCGGCUGCGCAACAUCACCAGCUGCCCCCUGCAGAUUACGGACGUCUAUUCACUACUGGACUGGUUCUACAACAUCUACAACAGGGAUGUUCUGGGCACCAUUGGCACGACCACACCCAUUAACUACGCCCCACUGGAACCUCUGCUGGCCCAGGACACAGUGGACCGACUGGAGCAAGACUGCCUCAACAUUGUCAGGGAGAAGGCGACCACGGAGCUGAGCCAGGUUCUGGAUGAGGAGGAAAGGCGCUGGGCUCAGACUCUUCACAUAGAGGAGUAUCAGUCUCCGCUGGCCCGCUCCGUGAUCCAGAGGUUGAAGGUGGACUUAGACAGAUCCACGGCCGUAAGCCAGUUCCUUGGAGCCAGAGUGGCUCGGUGCAGUCUCAAUGGACUGACUGACUUCCUGUACAGUUUCCAGAGGAAGGUGGAGAUGUUCCAUGAAACCCAGGCUGAGUUUGGGGACAGAGGGGACGGAUAUGUUUCCAGGACGAUAGCUCUGGUUAACUGCUGCCCUCCUCUCCGGUCCUUCGUGCAGCGCUGCAGGCAGUGUGAUCCACAGGGCAGUGAGGAGGCUUCCCAGAAAGCCAACUCCUCCCUAGACAGGGUCAUCAACCAAUCAGUGAGGGUUCUCACCGACAGGCUCUUUGAACACAUCAGGCCUUUCUUCGACAAGCUCGUAAAGAGGAAAUGGCUCAACAACACCGACGCCUUCGAGGCCAUCGAAGCCAGUAUCAAACAACACUUUAAGAAGUUCAGGAGGAUGGACUGUCCGCCUUACCAGACGCUGGUGGGGGAGGUGCAUCGUCGUGUGCUGGUGGAGUACGUGCGGGCCAUCAUGCGGGGGCGGGUCAUCUGUACGUCCCUGAAGAUGAGGAAGAGGAUGGCCUUCCGUCUGCAGGACGAAUCCAAACAGCUUAAAGGACUCUUCAAAGACCUGGAGUCAAGCACCUCCCGGUUGGACAGUGUUAUCUCUCACCUCGCUGACAUCAUUCUCCUAGAAGACACCCCAUCCAUUCAGAUGGAAGUGGCGGUUCUGGUGAAGGAGUUUCCCGAUAUAAGGAAGAAGCACGUUUCCACCCUGCUGAACGUGCGGGGCAUGAUGAGGCAGACCGAGCGUCAGGAGAUCCUCAACAUCGUCAAAGACUUUGGCAGCAGCUCGGCCCUCAUAUGCCGGGACCACGCCUUCUUCUCCGACAUCCCCAUCACGUCGGAGGUGCACUGUCUCAACCUGGGCCUCCUGCGCCUGGCCAUGAGCAUCUCCAACUGGUUCUCGGAGAACCGUCCGCGAAAGAACCGGAGACAAGCCAGCCGGAACAGAACCGUCCAGUCGCCGGACACCCCGACGACAGAGGAUACGAAUGAGCUCGACCGAGAAGAGUAGCCAAGCUGGAGGGUCGGAGUUGAGGGCCUUCCGGAACCCUGACUAGAAACCUGUGUUCUUUUUUUGUUUUAGUUUUUUUUCUCAAAUAUGAUAUUCAUAACCUACGAAUCAAUGAGGAGAGGAGUAUACCAACACAGAUAAAGAUGACCCUUUUCUGACACCUUUUGGUCAUUUCAUCUCAAACGAUAGAUGUUUUUAAGAGCGGAAUGAAGAAGAUCGCCUCAGGUACUCCAAGUGCUGUCAAUGCUCAUUGACAAAGAGUUUGGGAAAUGACUACGUGAAACGCCACAUCAACAAUCACUGAGCUGUUUAUUUU